GGAGGCAUGGCGACUAUUCGAAUGAUAGAUAUAGCUGUCAACUUCACAGAUGGAAUGUUUAAAGGAAUCUACAAUGGCAAGCAAUGUCACGUCUCAGAUAUUGCAACGGUUUUAAACAGAGCUUGGAGUGCAGGGGUCGACCGAAUUAUAGUACACCAUAUCCUGAUUCUCAUCCUUUAUCUCCAAUUUAUGCGGAUUAAUCCAAUAUUAGCUUUAACUUUGUGUCUAAUUUGUUUACUAAGUUGUGAGAUGCAAAAGGAUGUAACUUUAGCUGGUAGACAAGGCUGGGCAAGUUAAGCAAAGAGAUGAAACCCUGAAUUUAGAAAGUAGAUUUUCUUUUAAGGUUCGAUUAGGAAUCUUUGUUGCCGAUAUCUUCUUCGUUUGGAGGAUUAUUUAGCCUUGAAUUGGGAUAUUUGUGAAUCCCAGAAAUAGUUAAGCUUUAAGUUUAAGCGAUCUUUCGUCUUUGGGGAUCCAUUAAAGCAUGAAUUUUGACUUCUGAGACAUUGAGAUGCUUAAGGCUUUCAAAGCUAUAACCACAGAUUCAAAUGCUGUAAUUGAAAAGGGGGAGGAAGAGAGUUUCUGUUGUAAAUUAUUAUAUGUUUGUCGAAAAUCCCUCAAAUGUGUGAAUUCCUUGCACAGUGACAGAUUAUUAUGGACUCACUUCCUAGCACCAAUGAGAAUUCCUCAAAAAUGAAACCUACAAACAUGGAAAAUUGACACGGAUAAGGAUAAGAAAACUGGUGGAAAAGAAGUUUGAAGAAUUCUUCAUUCUAGUCUCUCUGAAUGUUUCCACCAGCUAAAGUUAUAUUAUUUGCUUUGAGUCAAAUUUUCCAGUAUCAGCCUCAAUGCAGGAAACCUUAAUGCAAUUGACUAAGUAGAAUCUCACGUUCCUUUUGACGACACUCUAUACCAACAAAUCCCGACAGAGGAAAAAUGUCAGAAGUCCCUAAAAAGCAAACAAGAGGAAUGUGAUCGCUAUUGAUAUGUUAUUCUUGCAUAUGAUAUGUUUAAUGGACAUAAAUUUGAUCUGAUAAAAUGUAACCCGUUUUAGUGUGUGGACUUGGUUUAUUGCAGGUAACUGGUGGAUCCCUUGAGGAAUCAAGAGAAGCUCUUGCAAUUGCAGAAACAGAUGUUUAAUAUAGGACGGCUUUUCUGCACAGUUGGUGUGCAUCCAACACGCUGUAAGGAAUUUGAGGAGAGCGGAGAUCCAGAAAAGCAUUUUCGGGCUCUUUUGUCACUGGCUAAAGAAGGAAUUCAGAAAGGGAAGGUGGUUGCAGUUGGAGAAUGUGGAUUAGACUAUGAUAGGCUUCACUUUUGUCCGGCAGAGAUUCAAAAGAAGUAUUUCGAGAAGCAGUUUGAAUUAGCACAUAUAACAAAACUGCCAAUGUUCUUGCACAUGCGAGCAGCCGCUGCAGAUUUCUGUGAAUUAGUUGAGAGAAAUAGGGAAAGGUUCGCUGCUGGAGUGAUUCAUUCAUUUACUGGUAGUGCCGAAGAUUGUGUUAAACUUCUCUCAUUUGAUAAUAUGUACAUAGGCAUAAAUGGCUGUUCGUUGAAGACGGCUGAGAACCUUCAUGUAGUAAAGGGUAUUCCUGUUGAGAGAAUGAUGAUUGAAACAGACUCACCAUACUGUGAAAUCAAGAACACGCAUGCAGGGAUUGGGUUUGUUAAAUCUACAUGGCCUUCUAAACAGAAAGAGAAGUAUGAUCAAGAAUGCAUUGUCAAAGGCCGGAAUGAACCCUGUUCAGUUAGGCAAGUUCUUGAGGUGGUUGCUGGCUGUAAAGGCAUCAACGACUUGGGUAAACUUGGUGAAACAGUGUACCACAACACAUGCAGGGUGUUUUUCCCCCAUGACCUGGAUUCAGCGGCCGAUGCUCUCCUGGCCGACGGUGAUACGUCAUAGACAAACUUCUAGCCAACUUUACUCCUAUUGAUUCCUGUACUUGCCUUUUUGGUUCUCUAAUCCUUCAUUUUUUGUCAUAACAUUUUUUGAGUUGUUCUUCAAGUGCAAGUGGACUUCAAGUAUCGUCCCUUCUGUCACAACGUUACUGUUACACACACCAAGAAGCGAUUACCCAGAAAGCAGUCUCAUGAACGACAGAUUAGUAUUACUGUUCAGGGUCACUAUGAUCGUUUUGCUUUUCAUGGUGCAAUGCAAAUCAAUCUGUUCCCCACCCCCCGUUUAUUGUCAUGAGCAAUGAUAAUUGUCUCCCUUAUUACUGGCAAUAAAUUAAAAAGAUUACUACGCUGCAAACCUGUACAUGGCUUCGCAGUUUUGUGCUGUUA